AUGUUUACAAAUAUCAUAGCAGCCGCAAUCAUAUUCAAUUUGUUUGGCAUCACUCAAGCGGAUGUUUAUGUGGAGCAAUUGUUUGAGCAUCUUCUCAAAAAUUACAAUAAGAACGUUCGACCAGUGAAAAACGCUUCAGAUGCACUCGUUGUUAAAUUCGGUGCAAAUCUAUUCCGUCUUAUCGACGUUGAUGAAGUCAAUGAAGUUCUAACUACAAGCUUAUGGCUUGAAAUUGUGAGUUCACAGUCGUACACGGUUGUUCUCUUGUAUACUCUGUCUGUAAAGCAAUGGACGGAUAGCAAAUUGUCGUGGAAUCCAGAGGAUUGGGGAGGCACAAAGAAGAUUCACAUACCAUCAGAUGAAAUUUGGAUACCCGACAUAUUGCUUUACAAUAAGUAUGUGUGUGCUGCUAAUCCACAUUACUAA